AAGAUAAUCGACUCUCCCAGAAAAACAGAAAAUAACAUCCCUUCAGCUCUUUAAAGGAACAUUUUGUUACAGAAAGGGAAUCGAAGGACUUUGUGAUUAGAUUUUCAGAACAAAAGCUAAAGGAACUUUGAGCUAUCAUCUGAGAGAUGGCAGAAGGAGGCUCUGUUAACAUGGAAGCUCUACAGGAGUCAUUUAAAAAGUUUGCAGCAUAUGGCGACACCAAAGCAACUGGUAACGAAAUGACUGGGAAAAAUUGGGCCAAACUGUGCAAAGACUGUAAAAUCAUUGAUGGCAAGGCAAUCACCUCAACUGAUGUGGACAUUGUCUUUUCAAAAGUGAAAGCUAAGACAGCUCGAGUAAUUACAUUUGAAGAGUUUAAAAAUGCAUUGGCAGAGCUCGCUCCAAAAAGAUUCAAAGGCAGAAGUAAAGAGGAAGCAAUUGAGGCAGUCUACAAACUGAUUGCUGGAAAAGACCCAACAAAUGUUGGAGUAACGAAAGUAACAAAGACUGGUGCUGUUGACAGAUUAACAGAUACAUCUAAAUAUACAGGCUCCCAUAAAGAACGUUUUGAUCAAGAUGGCAAAGGCAAAGGGAAAAUUGGUCGAGAAGAUAUAAUAGAAAAAACAGGCUACGUGGGAGCUUACAAAGGAGCUGGGACCUACAAUGAGAAAGCAAAAGAGAAAUAAUGUCAUAAGCCGCUUUCUUGGUUUGUUUUAAGCAAUGAUAAACCUUUUAAAUAUGAAGACAUAUUAAAAAUAGUUAAGUCAUCCUUCUUUACAAGCUAAAGUUUUAAAUCCAGAAUAAUAUUCUAACAAUAAAUGGUACAUUUUCUUCUAUGAACAUACCAAAUAUUUUAUAUUAGACAUUAUCAUAUUUAAAAUAACCAGGAUAACAUUGUGUUUAAGGUUGAACAUAUAUGUAUUUAAUAUGAGUGGCUGUAUAUCACUAAAGUAAAAACAUUCUUUACACCAUGUAGAAGUUAGUGUUGAAAUAUCUAAUGACAUUGGAAGCAAUAUUUCAUGCUAUGUUAUAUGAAAGAAUAUCUGUAGUUUGAAACAAAACUUUUACAAAACAGUUGCUUGAACAUUAGUUUCCAACUAUGACCUGUUAAAUACCCUAUAAAGGGAAAUAAACAGUCAUGGCUUACAAUUUUUGAUGCCAUCUUCUAUUGACAUAUCAGAAGCGUAUCUCACAAAACUGUUCAUUCAUGGCAUGUGAUCUUGCAAACAUUGAUUUAAUGGGCAGCAACUUGCAGGUGGAAAAUGUGCAAUACUGUGUUGUGCGUUUCCAGGGCACAUCAGAGGCAUUUUUUAAAGACAUUUAUUACCAGAGCUUUUUAUAUAAUGCAACAUUUAGUAUUGAUAUGUUCAGAUUGUCAGCCAUCAUUGUUGCAUUCAUUUAUUUUUAUUGUUUCAUGAUUGAAAGUAGGCUUAAUGUUUGAAAAACAAUUUGCAGACUUCUUUGCAGAGGCAACUGUUGUGUUUUUUUGCAAUUCAACAUUUCCUUGCCAUCCAAACAAUCAUGUUGGAGUCAGUUUUAGCGCAAAUUGUUCCAGGAAAUAAGUUUGCUUCAGAAGAUUCCUCAAUCCAAAAGCUGCAUGGCGUUACAUUGAAACAUGGCAUUUGAUCCAUCCAGUGAGUGGCAUUGUUCGCCCUCCAUAUCAAUGAAUCAUGUUGCUUACUCACCCUAUGCCAAUUUAACCCCAAUCCCUUCCUCCAGGUUAAAAACAGUAACUGUGGGACAAAACAAACCACAUAGCAAAUUUUAAUAAAAUGUGAGGCUGGAUGAACACAGCAGGCCAAGCAGCAUCU